CCGGAAACCCUGGCCGCGGCGUCGGGGUUGAGGUGGCGGUGGAGGCGGCCAGCAGGCAGCGGAGCCCCGCUGAGUGAUUGGAACGGCCAGCCAGAGAGCGGCGAUCAUUGCGGGUCUCGGGUAGAGAAGAAAGGAUGUAAAUCGUUCGCUACCCAAACUUGAAGGCCAGAGGCGAGAAGGAAGGCCGGAGAACAUGGCCUGGCCAAGUAUUUUUCAGCGAGGAACGCUUCUCUCCCAGUUCAGCCAUCAUCAUGUGGUCGUGUUCCUGCUCACCUUCUUCAGUUAUUCAUUGCUCCAUGCAUCAAGAAAAACAUUUAGCAAUGUCAAAGUCAGUAUCUCUAAGCAGUGGACCCCAAGUGCAUUUAACAAAACACUUGAACCUGUAGAGGUCUGGAGCAGCAACCAUCUGUUUCCCAAUGCGGAGGAAGCCACUCUUUUCCUCGGGACGCUGGAUACUAUCUUCCUCUUCUCCUAUGCCGUGGGCCUUUUCAUCAGCGGAAUUGUUGGGGAUCGGCUAAAUUUACGAUGGGUUCUGUCAUUUGGCAUGUGCUCUUCUGCGUUAGUGGUCUUUGUCUUUGGCACUGUCACGGAAUGGCUGCACUUCUACAACAAGUGGCUGUACUGCUGCCUGUGGAUCGUGAACGGCCUGCUGCAGUCCACGGGUUGGCCUUGUGUGGUUGCCGUCAUGGGCAACUGGUUUGGGAAAACCGGACGAGGAGUUGUGUUUGGUCUGUGGAGUGCCUGUGCUUCAGUGGGCAAUAUUUUGGGAGCGUGCCUAGCUUCUUCUGUACUGCAGUAUGGCUAUGAGUAUGCCUUCCUGGUGACGGCGGCUGUGCAGUUUGCUGGUGGCGUCAUCAUCUUCUUUGGACUCCUGGUGUCACCAGAGGAAAUUGGUCUCCCUGGUAUUGAGGCGGAAGAAAAUUUUGAAGAAGACUCGCACAGGCCAUUGAUUACUGGUGCUGAAAAUGAAGAUGAAUAUGAGCCUAACUAUUCAGUCCAAGAAGGCAGUGCUAUCACCCAAGUCAAGGCAAUAAGCUUUUAUCAGGCUUGUUGCCUUCCUGGAGUUAUACCGUACUCGCUGGCCUAUGCCUGCUUGAAGUUAGUCAACUACUCCUUCUUCUUCUGGUUGCCCUUUUAUCUGAGCAACAACUUUGGAUGGAAGGAGGCCGAAGCCGACAAGCUGUCCAUUUGGUACGAUGUUGGAGGAAUUAUAGGUGGAACUUUACAAGGCUUCAUCUCUGAUGUAUUACAGAAGAGGGCACCAGUGUUAGCCCUGAGUCUGCUUCUGGCCAUUGGGUCCCUCGUUGGAUACAGUCGCUCUCCAAACGAUAAGUCCAUUAAUGCACUGCUGAUGGCCAUCACAGGAUUUUUUAUUGGUGGACCUUCUAAUAUGAUUAGCUCUGCUAUUUCUGCGGACCUGGGUCGCCAGGAGCUGAUCCAAGGGAGCAGUGAGGCUUUGGCGACCGUCACCGGAAUUGUUGAUGGAACUGGGAGCAUUGGAGCUGCCGUGGGCCAGUAUUUAGUGUCUUUGAUCCAAGACAACCUAGGAUGGAUGUGGGUUUUCUACUUUUUCAUUCUCAUGACAAGUUGUACAAUUCUGUUUAUUUCACCAUUAAUAGUGAGGGAAAUAUGCUCUCUUAUGCAAAGACAACAAGCUCACAUAUUGAGUGAGUGACUGGUGCCCACAAAAGAACAAGAACGAUAGGAGACACAUCAGGACAAUUAUUUCUUUUAAUUCAUCCUAUUUUGGGCUUGUCUUAAGAGCUCCAACAUAACCUCAGAUUACCGAGCCUCUUUCAACAGUCUUAGCCGCUUGAGAUGCUGACCAGAGUGGAGGCUGGGCUGUUUUGCUACACUACAGAAAUUGUCGCCGAAGAUUUUUAUUGUUUCAUGAAUGUACAAAUGGCCUAUGAAUCUGCCAGUGUCUUCGUUUGGCCUUUUGAGGUCAGUUCCUUUAACCUUAAAUGCUCUGUUGGACUUGGACCCUUGUUCCUAACCUGGGAAGCUAAGUGACAACGCAGCAGCCAUGCAUGCUUAUAUCAAGGACGGGCUCCAUGAAUAGAAAGGCCCGUUGCAUUUUGCUUUGGUAAUGAGUUUGCAGACAGUGGCUCAUCUUUGAAACAUCAAAUCCUGAUAAAGCUCUCAAGCUGGACCCAGCAUAGCCAGCCUUGGACCAAGAGCGCCUUUGUAAACAAUGGUGGGAAAAAUCCUCCUACGUGCUGAUUGGCUCAGCCACUCUGCAUCCGCUCUAAAGUGGUUCAGGUCCAGAAGCAGAAACAUCUUCAAAGCGUUGUCAGCGUGUUCUCUUCCAUUUUCAUCAGCAUUAAAUAACUGACUCCUGGAAGCAUUUAGUCAGCCUUUCAAGGACCAUAAGGUUGAUGAGUUGUCGCAAGCAUUCCAACGGGUAACCCACAACUGACGUACCCAACCCCUGAUUUGCUGUCUGGGACCUUCAGGCUCCACAAGAGAGCUAAUCCGCGCAGCCUUGUUUUCAGAGGAUCGAUCUGUGUCACAACCGAAUUCCCUGAGUUACCUCAGUAGAAGACAAGAAUUAGAGAAAAAGGAAAGACCUUUUGCCCUAGUAAGCAUUAGGUGUAUGAUGCUGAAUCACAUUAAUGGGUCAUUAAGGCCUGAGGGGUAUCUAGGUAUCUAUUCUUUAGAAGUUUGUAGAGUAUAUACAUCUUCAUGGCUAUGAAUUCUAUACAAAUGGUCAAUAUUUUAAGGUCAUUCUGUACAUAUAUUUUAAAUUAUGUAAGCAAAUGUGGGGGGACAUGUGCAAUUUUGAGGGCUGCCUAAUUUGCAUUGGGUUAGGGAAUAUUUUUCAACCUCCUGCUUUAUACUCUGAAAUGUGGUGUGUUUGUGAAUUGUUGAUGUUAUUUAAUCAAGCAGAUUUUCAAUCAGUUAAUUAAUUGCUUAUGACUGACAAAAAGGGAAAUGAUGAAACACAGGAGGGGUAAAUAAAUUGACUUUUUAUAAUAAA